UUUUUAGGCAUACCAUACGCCGAGCCACCAGUCGGUGACUUGAGGUUCAAAAAGCCUAUGCCGGUGAGAGAGGCCUGGCCUAAACCAGUGGGCGCCACCAAAUGGCCCAAAGCGUGUAUUCACGCAAAACUACACAAUUACUAUUUGAAUGCCGAUAUGAGUGAAGACUGUCUGUACCUAAACGUAUGGUCGCCAGCUUUGCCGGAAUCAAACACUACGUUAAAACCGGUCAUGUUUUGGAUACACGGAGGAGGAGUGUUGUUCGGGUCGGCCGUUGAAAAGUGGUACUCAGGACACGUGCUGUCGGCUAUGGGCGACGUAGUGGUGGUCACAUUUAACUACAGGUUAAACACAUUUGGCUUACUAUACACGGGUGCCGCGCACGCGGACGGGGCGCCGGGCAAUAUGGCGCUAUGGGAUCAGUCGCUGGCGCUGGAGUGGGUGGUCGACAAUAUAGCCUAUUUUGGUGGCGAUCCUAAACGCAUAACACUGUUUGGUCAGGGGGCCGGUGCCGUCGCCAUUAGCCUACACAUUGUGUCGCCCAUUACUCGCCACCUGUUCCAGAGGGCUAUCAUGAUGUCGGGCGCCACCACUAACACCAUGUGCACCGCCGCCACCUCCGAGGAAGUGUGGCGCAAACGGGCCGUCGCUAUCGGUUGCGGCGAUAAAGCGGACACAACGGGCAAAACGUUUACACCGCCGAUGAUUGAGUGUCUGAAGAAGCUGUCGGCUGAAGACCUGCUGAAACUGCCGGCUCUGGCGUCUAGUGCUUGCGAAAUGGAGCUCAUGAUUGACGGCCAGUUUGUGCCCCAAAACCCAAUUGAAAUGUUAAAGUCGGGCGACUAUAAGAAAGAUAUGGAUGUCAUGAUUGGCACCGUUGACAACGAGGGCAGUCUGUUUUUGCCAUCCAUUUUUGACAAUGGUGUAUUUGAUCAAUUCUACCCAAACCCCAUUACAUACAGCGAUGCCAUUAUACACGUGUUGGCAAUUAUAAGGAGCUAUAAGACACAGUUGGGUGAUCUUGAUGCUAAUAGUCAGCAUGUGAUCAACACCUACUUCAAUGGUAUGUCUAAUGUGACACAUUAUGAACUAUUGUUGCGGACAGUCGGCCGAGUGCUGGGCGACUAUCGGGUCACGUGUCCGACCAAAUUGUUUGCCCGAUAUAUACACUCCGGGCACCCGAAGAGUCGUGUAUACGAGUACUACUAUAACGCCAAGUCUACGGCCGGGCAUCAGUUGUUUUGCUCUGAUUGGAUGGGUGUCUGUCAUUUCGAUGAUAUCUAUCCCGUGUUUGGUCUACCGUUUCAAGAGUACGACAGGUAUGACCGCCGGGAACGCCAAACAUCGGCCCAAAUGAUGGAUGUGUUUACCGAGUUUGCACGCAAUGGACAGCCAUCCAAACAGUCGGGCGCCGAUUGGCGGCCGUAUUAUACGGUUAACGACAAUACAGUUAUCGCUCCACGCUCAUCAAGUGUGGUAUUAAUGGCGCCAUCACUGAUACCAUCGAUGACUGCCAUCAUGAAUAUUAUUGUUCACACGGGAGUGAUCAUGGUGGUGGCCAGUUGUAUGUUUGGGCUCAAUAUUACGGACAAAUAUACCAUUAUAGCUGCUGGCGGNAACAAUGUUAAGACGCUCAUCAAGUGUGGUAUUAAUGGCGCCAUCACUGAUACCAUCGAUGACUGCCAUCAUGAAUAUUAUUGUUCACACGGGAGUGAUCAUGGUGGUGGCCAGUUGUAUGUUUGGGCUCAAUAUUACGGACAAAUAUACCAUUAUAGCUGCUGGCGGCUUAUUUUACGUGCGCUGGGCAUUUGA